GUGUUGCCAUAUCUUGUAAUCUAACGGAUUCAAAUCUGGACUGGAGGAGGGCCAGUCUUCGUGCCGGAUGAAGUCGAUUUCACGCGCCGCCAGCCAGUCUUGUGUGCUCUUCGCUCUAUGAGCUGGCGCCGAAUCUUGUUGGAAUACCCAGUGCCUGUUAUUGAACAUGGUAUGAGAAACAGGUUCCACAAGGUUCGUCAGGACUGUAUUUUGACACACAACUGCAUUCGUUUUUACACCUUUCUCACAAAAAUGUACCUCUGUUAAGCCCCAAUAAGAAACUCCCAACCAUACCAUGAGCGAGGAUGGAAAAUGACCUCGUUGGACACGCGGAAUACGAUGGCUCGCUUCUUCACUACUGUGUGCGUACACCUUAUCAUUUUGUUUGUUGUAGCUCUCUUCUACGGUAAAAAUUUUUUCAUCCGAAAAAAGAAUUUCCCGAUAUUUUUUUCCCGCGUACCGCUUCAACAAAGCGCGGCAUCUCUUCAGUCUCAGGUCCAUUAGACGAGCAUUCAAACGAUAUUCUGUUUUUCUUCGAUAUGCCCGAAGCCCUAAGUCUUUAUUUAACACCCUUUUCACCGUGGUUCUGCUUAACCCCAUCUGAAGGGCCAACAGUUUCUGCUUACGUUUGGGAUUUCUUUGAAUUCGCGCCUUCACAACUUUUAUCACUGCUGGAGUCCUAACAGACCGAGGGCGACCACUUCUUGACCUGUCAUCUACACUAGAGUCUUCAUUGUAUCGUUUGAUGGUACGAUAAACGAAUCUUUUGGUUAUAUUCAAAUUUUUCAGUAUGUCAAAAAUUUGAAUAGGUGCGUAACCGCAACGAUGCAACGCAAUAACUGCAACACGGUCUUCUUUAAGCGUCCACUCCAUAUUUAAAAAUGAGUAAAAUUCUAAAAAGUAUACAGUUUUAUUUUCAUGAACAAUUCGAAAUUCGAAUUUAAUAAACUUUUUUGUGGCCAGCAUUCUAAAAGAAAAGUUUUUACUGUGUGACAAUACUUAUGACCUGACUAGGUAUAUGUCCGUCGCCUAUCGCUCCGGACUCUAAUAGAAGUUUCUAAAUCUUAUGUCUAUAAAAAUACAAUGCGAUUAUUCAAAAAGGGUUAAAACAUCGCAUACCUACAAUGAAAACUUCAGCAAUUUAUGUAAAUAUAAAAAUAUUGAUAAUGCUCAGAAGCUCGCAAGGGUUAAAGAGAGGAAUGUUAUCAAGCGAAAAGCUUAAAAAAGAUAUAUUUCCGAUAUGGCUAUUUAAUACUGAUACGAAUUAAAGCCUGCGUAGUUGUACAUUUAAGAGGAUUUCCCUCGGAAUUUUCUAGAACAUGCUAGAAUAUAGUCGUUUCGGUGCAACAGAACUGUACCCGCAUGGUACAGUUCUAUAGACGUAAGGAACGAACACGGGAGUCGGGUAGUCGAAGAUCAGGACCGGUGGCAACAUUACAUCAGAAUAGCGCGAGAACUGUGAUACCUGACGGCUUCCACUGGGAGGUUUUCUGAAAUAAAAAAAAAACAUAAACUAGAAUUCGGAUAGACCAACACCAUUCAUAAAAAUUAAGAAAGUUUUUUUUUUAUUUCAUACAAAGAACUUCUCUACAUUUUAUUAAGAAAAUAUAGUGUAAUUUUAAUUAAUUAAUAAAAAUCAAUUCACAAUAUCAGUUCUGAAUGUUAGCUCUAUGCGAAAUUUCAUUUAGUUCGGUUAUCGGAAAAUUAUUUCAAUCUAAUAAAAUUAUUUUUAAUUAGUAUGAUAGAUAUAAUAAAUUUCUUUAAAAUUAAUAAAUUAUACAUUCUGGUUUCUGGUUCGGCGUUUUACUAAGUGUUAUAAUGUUAUAAUAAUUGAUUUUUAUUUAUCCAUAGGUUUAAUUAUUUGUAUUUUUUAAUAAGAUUAAGGUGCUAAACGAGCACACAGUUCAUCUGACGGUAAGUGAAUCACCGGUAAGUGAAUCACCCGCCUAAGGGUAUUAGUGUUCUGUGAAGUGAAUGCGGUGGCCCAUAGACAUCUACAUCUAUACUCGAUUACGAAACAAAAUGCAGAUGCGUUGUCAGCCGUGAGGAGUAAGAUGGACUGCCUCGUUUCCAGUAUAAAGAGUAUCCGGUUCUUUACACUCACCAUACGUUACAUAUUAUGAUUACAAAAUAAGUCAAUCUCAUUUUUUGUCGAACUGUCGGGUCUCGACCAGGUCCACUUCCUGUGGGACCGCUUCUGGAAGAAAGAGUUAAUCAGAAAGAGUUCCUCUUUCUCCAUGGAGUCGAUCAGCUGCUGGCCCCUUGGGUUCCGUUGCCCUAUUCCAAAUUGUUCUACCUUCAGCUCAUCGUUCUCCCUUGUGGCUAGUUUUGCGUUGAAGUCUCCCAUUAACACCGUAUAGUGGGUAUUGGAGGAAUGAAUGACUCUAGAUAUAUCCUCAUACAUACUCUUGGCGAGCGGGUUGGCAACCGCAGUUUUUUUAUUGUUGUUUUGUUGUUAUCAGAAAGAUGCUGCUGCCCAUCUUCUGCCUCAGUUUCUCUCUGUCGCCUCUUACGACACCCACGGGAAGAUAUGAGGUAAUGGGUAUUCUUACCCGCCACUACACGGCGAUCUAGUAUUCUGCGAAGGGUAGGACAUUCAGGUGGAAGAACCAUCAUUUAUAAGACAAAGAUUAAAUUCAUUGAAUACAUCAGUAGCAAAUAAGAGAAAGUCAUAUUUAUGGGAACCCCACAUAACAUGAUGGCUGUUAAAGUCUCCCAGAACAAUGUAAGGGACUCCCUCCCUGCGUGAUAGAAUUAAAUUGAGUUCUGGAAUACAAGAAGGAGUGGGAGCUGGAAUGUAAAUGGAUAGAAUUGUAAUGUCCAAAGCUUUAACAGCUACUGCAUUUAUAUUGCUUAGUAUAAGAAGAAGCGGGAUGGGUGAUAAAGGAAUGGUCCUGUUUAGUAGAAUCAGAGCAACGCCAUAGCCUAUCACUACGAUAACAUGAGAAGCCUGGGAUUCUAAAUGUGGACCCUGGAUUAAGCUGGCUUAAGAUCUCCGAUAUUGCAAGUAUUGAAGGAUUAUAAGUAUUGAUUAAGUGGAUUAUAUCAAGUUUUUUAUUCCUAAUGCUUCGAUAAUUCCACUGGAGGAGGGUUAGGGAUUCGAAAUUUAUAUGUUCUGGAGAAGAGUACAUCUAGUUUGUUUUUCACGUUGAACGAUAAAUGGGAAUCAUCGAAUUUACCAACAAUAUCUGCAAGGGAGGCCACAAGAUUUUCUAUAUUAUCAUUAGAGGACAUUAUAUUGUUUUGCAAAGCAUGUCCAUUAGUGUUGCCCAAAAUCGGUCUUGGUCUUGCAGUCUUGGUCUUGUUCUUGCAUUUUUGCAAGACCAAGACCAAGAACAAGACCGCCUCUUUUUAGCAAGACCAAGACCAAGACUGACCGUGCAAGAUUUGCGCAAGAACAAGACUAAGCUUGCGAGACUCUUGCGUCUUGCAGUUAGGACUAAGUGUCGUUUCAGGGAGUAUAGGAGUUCGGGUAUACGCUUAGUGACUCUAUGAGACGCAAAAAAAAAUAAUGAGAAAAAAAAUGGAAAAUUGGACUUAUGCGCAUUACGAACAAUAUCAUAAACAUACAUAGCGAAUGAAAAUAUCCAUUAAAUGAAAAAAGAGUGCAUCCCUAGUUUUGACCAUCGGCACUUUGAUAGUGUGCGGCGUCUUGUUGUCGGCGUCAUCAAAGGUCGGAUACUGACCUGUCAAAGAAAUUGUGCAGCUAUUCGAAGGUACAAGGUCAAGAUACACGUGCCGGCGUCUACUAUUGAUAUCGCAUAAUCGUCGCCGCCCCGCCACACGCACUACAUUUGACACUGUUUGAUUGCCGCCACAGAGUACAUGUUUCAAAGAAUAAAAUAAGUUUCCGGGUGCUCAGAAUGGACACGAAUACAUUAUCCUGAUCUCGCAAGAAAUAUUGUAACUAGAUAAUAGGGGUCGUAUAAUAAUCACUUAUCAAGAUGCAACACACAAGCCUCCGAAAUUUCCAAACAACUUGGUGAGGUAAACAAAAAGAAUUUUUUAUGUGACAUCUGUGGCAAAACAGCUAGAUCCAAUGCAAAUCUCUUAGUUCAUAUGUAUGUACAUUUCUUGAAGGAAUAAAGAUUUUUAU